GCGCGCGCGCUGUAGCGGAGCCUCGCUCUCUCUCACACUCACACACACACACACACACUUACACUCACGCGCACACUCACCGCAGCGCGCGGUGGAGAGGACGGGGUGCAUGCAGGAGCGGGAUCACUUCAGUAAGCCAUGGAGGGACUUGUCUAAAGAGGACCCAACAUAACUCUUUCAUUUGGCACUAUUAUUAUUAUUUUUUUGUUGUCAUUUUUUUUCGUAUCUCCUCUCCCUGCCCACAUUCGUGGUCAACAUGGCGGACAAGGCCGGCCUCGGCGUUCCAAAGCCGAACUCCCGCCCCAGCUCAUCUCUUCCCCCGGAGCCAAUUGAGAUCAUCCGGACCAAAGCCCGGUCCAGACGAGUGCGGAUAAACGUAGGCGGACUGAACCACGAGGUCCUGUGGCGGACGCUGGACCGGCUGCCGCGGACGCGACUAGGGAAGCUGCGCGACUGCAACACGCACGAGUCUCUGAUGGAGGUUUGCGACGACUACAGCCUGAACGAGAACGAGUACUUCUUCGACCGCCACCCGGGAGCCUUCACCUCCAUCCUGAACUUCUACAGAACUGGAAAGCUGCACAUGAUGGAGGAGAUGUGUGCGCUGUCGUUCGGACAGGAGCUGGACUACUGGGGAAUCGAUGAGAUCUACCUGGAGUCCUGCUGCCAGGCCAGGUACCACCAGAAGAAGGAGCAGAUGAACGAGGAGCUGCGCAGGGAGGCCGAGACGCUGAGGGAGCGGGACGGAGAGGGCGAGUUCGAUAACACCUGCUGCUCUGAGAAGAGGAAGAAGCUCUGGGACCUUCUGGAGAAGCCCAACUCCUCUGUCGCUGCCAAGAUUCUGGCCAUCAUUUCUAUUCUGUUCAUCAUUCUCUCCACCAUUGCAUUAUCCCUGAACACCUUGCCUGAACUUCAAGUGAUAGACGAGUUUGGCCAAGCCAACGAUAAUCCUCAGCUGGCGCACGUUGAAGCCGUGUGCAUCGCGUGGUUCACGAUGGAGUACCUCCUGCGCUUCCUGUCUUCACCAAACAAGUGGAAAUUCUUCAAAGGGCCACUGAAUGUCAUUGACUUAUUAGCCAUAUUACCUUACUAUGUCACUAUUUUUCUGACCGAGUCGAACAAAAGCGUGCUGCAGUUUCAGAAUGUGCGGCGCGUGGUGCAGAUAUUCCGUAUCAUGAGAAUAUUGAGAAUCCUGAAACUGGCCAGGCAUUCCACUGGACUGCAGUCCCUCGGAUUCACCCUCAGACGCAGUUACAAUGAGCUCGGCUUGCUCAUACUGUUCCUGGCGAUGGGAAUUAUGAUAUUCUCAAGCUUGGUGUUCUUUGCAGAGAAAGACGAGGACGCCACAAAAUUCACAAGCAUCCCAGCAUCGUUUUGGUGGGCUACCAUCACAAUGACAACCGUUGGCUAUGGGGAUAUUUAUCCACAGACUUUGCUUGGCAAAAUAGUUGGUGGUCUUUGUUGCAUCGCUGGUGUGCUGGUCAUUGCCUUACCGAUCCCCAUCAUUGUGAACAACUUCUCAGAGUUCUACAAGGAGCAGAAACGACAGGAGAAAGCCAUCAAGAGAAGAGAGGCCUUAGAAAGAGCGAAGAGGAACGGCAGCAUCGUUUCCAUGAACCUGAAAGAUGCCUUUGCUAGAAGUAUGGAGUUAAUGGAUGUUGUAGUUGAGAAAAGCGAAGAUAAACUGUCAAUGGACAACCACUUGUCACCGAGUCGGUGGGGUAUGAACAAACGAACAGCCUCUGAUGUCAGCCUGAGGUCCUUUGAGAAGAAGCCCCCUGAAGACCUCCACCUCGGCUCACAAGAGUGCAUCAGAACCUCAAGUCCGCAGCACCUAAACGCUCAGAAACUGGAGGAAAUGUACAACCAGAUGACCAAAUCGCGGUCCUUCUCAGAUCUCAACACGACAGAGUCUACGAAACACGCAGAAGAGGCGAAAGAGGAGAUGGAGUUUGAGAUGAAAGAUGUGCCAGCGGCGGAACCUCAACCCAAGGAAAGAACCAUCACGGAUGUAAAAAGCAUAUCAAGUUUGGAUAGCUAUGCAAGCUGCACUGCUGAAUUCGGGGAGGUUGAAAAGUCAGUUCCCUCUCCAGGCACAGCAGCCCAGCUUCAGCAAAGAUAUCCCAAAGUGCCUCCGCUUGUUGAGGUUAAACAGUUCACAUCGCACAACCCGAUGAAGAAUCCAGCGGAUCUACAAGAGGGCAAACUCGAACAGGACAACCAACUGAGAAUCAAUGAAUCGGGAAGCUUUUCCGAGUUUGUGGAGAAUAGCAGAGGUUCCUUGCAAGGCACAAACCCAGCUAAGGCAAAGAGCCUUAAAGUCAAUUUUCUAGAACCUCUUGACGAAGCUCCUUUGACGCCACCCAACACUUCUUCUCCUCAGGAUAUCAGCAGUGGUCUGAUGGAGGACGACUCUCCAGAUGGAGAGUGCUCCCCCCUGUGUUCAGAUUCAGAACCACUGGCCACAAUCCCAGAGGAAGGCUUGGUCCUUUCCCCAAUGCUUCGAGCAGGUGAUUAUCAUCCUGAAGAAACUGCAAAGCUCUUGGGGGACGAUGAGAAACCACAGGGUUUCUGUCAGUCUGUGGAGAACUGUGAGGGGCAGAAUCUCACAGGAGUGGCGUCAGCAGCCGUUACUUCACCGAAACGUUCUCCAAAGAACUGCACUCAGGCUGUGGUCAGUGAUAACGGGCAGGACAACAAGCCAGACAGCAACCAAAGUGGACACAAGGUAGAGAAUCACAUGUUUACACCAGAGAUUCAUCUAAUGCCUGGAGACGGCAAUCUUUCGCCAACUUGUGAAACCAGCAUGUGACUGUGGAAGGUGGAAACUGGAAGACAGGAAAAAGGGGGCACGGUGUGGUGAAAGGGAGAAUUUCGCAUGGCAUGAUAAGUCCCUUUUAACUGUGUCAUUGUCUAUGGAAAACAAUGUCCGUGCAGAGAAGACUUGUGGAGAAGAAGGAUGUGGGUGGAAAAAGGAGAAAGCUCAUUCAGAGCCUAUUUAUCCAACAAUGAACAUAGUGCUGACAUAACUAUACAUCUGAACUUCAUUUUACUUUAGAGCAACAAUGAGAAAUGCAGAAGGGGACAAACCUUGAACAGCAUGCAUUCAAAAAAUGUAAUUUUACGGUGCUUAGUUUGCUGAAAGCGCUCCACUGUAAAUAUAGAGGGGACUAUGUUAUAGACAAUACGCAUAGCCACAGAAGACAUGGGAAAUGUCACACUCACAGGAAAUAUUGUGCUUCUAAGACUGAAGGAAUAGUGACAUACUGAAACAUAUCAUUAGGCUACUUUAACAUGGAAAUGCAAUGUGUACCAUGACGAAGAUGUUUUCUUUUUGUUCAGAUUGAAGUACAGUCGGUGAUUAGGGCUGGGUCUCGUUCAACAUUUUCUGAUACCGAUACCAAGAUUCAUACCCGAUGGCUUUAGUGUCCAUUUCUAAAUUAUACUUCUAUACAUAUAUCUAUUGAAGUUAAAACUCAGAAAGUCAGAGGACUGCAGCAUAGGUGUCUAUGUACUCUAUAAUGUUCAAAAGAGAAAUUAUUUUUUUAUUGUUUAUAUAAAUAUCGAACAAAUAAAGUUAUUCAUCACAUUUGUAUUUGCUCAGAUUGACGAUGCACUGUGGUAUGGCUCUUUUAUGAUUGGGCAAAAAUAAUAAUUAAAAUUCAUUAAAAAGUAUGAUCAGUGGUGAUCAGAGUACAGAACUGACUACAUAGCUUAUAACAUGACUGAAAAAUAUCAAUGUACUAAAUUUCAACCAAUAUAUUAAACUACAUUGUACAGUGUAAGUGAAUAGUUAAUAGUGAAUAGUUCCAAAGCUGGAAUGGAUGGAAUGCAGAUUUAUUAAUUGAUGGCAUUAAUUUGCUUGCGAAUUCUGAUCUGGACAUCUAAUAAACACUUUGGCAAUGAAUUGCUCUGUAAUUAGGACUGCAACGAUUAGUCGAUAUAAUCGACAAUGAUGAAUAUAAAAAUUUGUCGACUCCAAAUGUUUGUGGUCAACUAAUUGUCAUUUAGUAGCACCACACAAAUUACUGGGGACAAAAACGCCAAGUUACUGACAGAUAACGCUUAAUUUUUUUCUGGUUGGUACCAUGAAAGCAUUGAAUUUUGAAACCCAGCCCUAUCUAUAAUGUUAUCAAAACUUUUUUUGGAGUUGCCUAGUACUGGUUUUGAUUUUCAAGUAAACACUUUCAUUUAUCAAACACGUAGACUUAAGGACCAGAAGUGUGUGCGUAUGCCACUCACAUGCCUAUGAUAUUCAGUCCACAGUACCUGUUCAACAAUCAGAUAUUAAUCUAAUCAGUAAAUCAAAAUAUUAGGAAUAUGUAGAUCACCGAGUUAGAAUGGUGAUAUCUAGAUUAGCUGCGUUAGCUACAAAAUACAAACUACAAAAGGCCAGAUGGCCUCAUUUUGACCUAAAGUAUAUCUAACUGAGAAAUGGGCCAUAUGCAUGCACAUCUUAACAUAGUUUUUAUGGCUCAAAUACAUAACAGCCUAUCAAAAAACUAGUGGCUUGCACGUAGAGUAUAUCAUAUUUAUCAUUGAACCACCCAGCAAAAUAAGUAGUUCUGGUCAUUAAAUCAAGCAUCUUUUAAUGUGAAAGGUAACAUUAUAUUUGUCAGAGGACCAAAAAGGCAUACCAUUACAUUUUAUUUUAACAUGCACUACACAUCUGCUUCAUAUCCACAGUAAAAAAAAAAAAAAAAAAAACAGUGUGUGGACGUGUAGGAUAUGUUUCCAUUGCAUCAUACAUACAUUUAACACACACCUGUUCUUUUUUGUCUCUUGCAAAAAAAAAAAAAAAACAGAAAAAAAACAUUAUAUACAUUUCUCAAGAUCAUUUUGCUUUCAUUUUGGACUGUGAAUGAAAUACAUAUAUAAAUAUAUAUCAUGUGCGCUGAGGUGAUUUCAGUCAAACUUAAGCCCAAAGUUUUAUUUUAUAUGAUAUUAUUUUCUGUCACAGAGAGAGAGAGAGAAUGAGAGAGAAUAUUUUUUUUAUGUUGCCUUUUUUUCCAAUAUUGCUGGAAGUGUGUGUGUUUGUGUGUUUCUCUUGCUUUGGCACGGCGAUCGACCCAUCGUUAUACUCUGUAUCGUGUUGGCGAAAGGUCGCGAUAGGCGAAGGAAGAGUAAAAGAAAAAAAAACCUCAGUUUCAGGACAGAUGGUGGAAAGUGCAAUACAGCAUACUGCAAUCUAUGCAGGCCAAGAAUUAUGGCACUUUAUUUACAGUCCAAUGGAUUUGUAAGUGUACAGGCAGAAACUACACUUGUAUUUUUCAGAUGAUAUAUCUUUAAUAAUAUUUGAAAGCAGUGUUACUACCGCUCCAAAAAGGACUCUUGAAGAUUUUUCUGCAGUAUUGUUACGUGGCUGCUGCGGCCGCUCCUGUUAGAUAUGAACAUGCGUAAUCUUUCCAGUCCAAUUCUGCUUUGUCAAAUAUCCAAUUAGACCACGUGGGCCUUUUUUAAUCAAUGUACAAAACACCAAAAAAAAAAGGUCUUGACGUGAAAAUUAUCUAAAUGGCCGCACACAAAGGAUUUUAUGUUUUUGUGAACUGCCGCUGACGAUUAUGAUAAUAAUGAUAAGUCUAUUUUUUCUAAACCAAAAUCAAGCACGACCACGUUUUUCCUGCCAUAUGGUGGUUGAAAUGACGCGUGCCUGUUCAUAAAGCUGUUUAUGAGGAGGCUACACGUCGUUCUGCUUUGUUCGUAUAGCACUGUACAGAAAAAUCUACUUUUUAUAGGAGAAAAAUCAGGUCUUUAAGUAAUAGAUAUGAGUAAUAUUAUUAUAAGUUCUCAGGUUUUCUACAAAACUAAUGUUCCGCUAGAGUAGUAGUGUUUGUUUUCCUCAUUUAGGGAGGAUGAUGUCAUCUGCAUUCACUUCCGAUGUCGUCAAAUGCUUGUUUGUGUCUCGGCAGAUCGGUCAAAACACAGUAAACAAUGUUCAAACAUUCAACAACAUCACACGCGCACACACACACGCGCACACACACACACGCGCAUACACACACACACAUACAUAUACACACAUUUACAUACAUACAUAUACAUGUACAUACACUGUCCAUACAGAUCACUGCAACAGCGGCUACACGACGCGAGUCUUUGUCGUGCUUAGUUUGUGUGCGUCCUGCAGAUUAAAGCCUGAGGGUCAUGAAUGAAGCAGUUUUAAGCAGGCUGCACGUUUUAUCUCUGGCACAACGUCAGCAUAACACCUAGAGGUCAGACCUACAGCCUUAAGGGAAGAAGAGAAGACUGUGCUCUAUAGUCCACAUCAUAACCACCAGGUCAGAAUAUGAUGAUGAAAAAGUCGAAUACGUCAGUAUCAGACACUGCAGUCAACUAUACUGUAGAUAAUGUUCUAAAAAUCUCUACUAAUCUUUAUAGAAAAUCUUUAUACAAUUUCUAUUCUACUCAAUUCUACAAUUUCUAUCUAAUACACACACAGUUUUUUCAUCCUGCUUCCCUGAAAAAAAAUAGAAAACACAAUUCAGUCAAAAAGCACUUGUUAUAGAAGGCAUGUGGCAGAUGCUGAAUUCCAUGAGUAAGAGUUUAAAAGAUGUGAUUAAAAAUAGUAUUUAUUUUAUUUACUUAUUUAGGAUAUUUAUUUUUGUUCAGGUUCUAAUUCCAAUGUCUGAAUACUGUUAUAAUUAAAAUGUACUACUCUAUUAUCUAUUAUUUUGGUAUUAUAUUCUAUUAUAUAUUGUUUGUCACUAU